CAACAGAAAUUGGGUCAUUUUUGAAAUCUACAGAUAACAAUCUACCAAAGAGUGACAAAGCGCCGCUUUAAAUCAAUGCAAAAUGGCCUUAAUAGGAAUCACUUGUUCUCAUAACUCUCACGUGGCAAAUUAUUGAUAUCAGCUUCCACUUGCAAACACCUUGUAAAGGUACCAACUAGACACCCAUAUAAGACAUUUGGUUCCGAUCAAAGUCAUUGGAUUUUUGAACGUAAAUAAUGGAUAACUAUUGGUGGUGCGCAAUUUUAUUCCGAAUUAUCCUUCCAUUAAUCGUAGUUAUUGCUGUGUCCAUUCGACCAACAGUGACUUCUUAUGUGUAUUUGCUUGUUGGAUGUUACAUGCCCUUUUUCUCCGUGCCUACCAGCCACUCAUUGGCUCAUAGUACUGGAACGUACAUGAAGAUCCUCAUUAUCACCUGCACCUUGACGUCGUGUUUUAUGCUCAGCUUUUACUUUGUGUUGUAUUUUCCCACGGAACCGGAGUUUGACCUGAAGCCUUGUAGUCCAUUAGAAUCAGCUCUUCGCACAAUGGGAGUAGUCGAGUUUGAAGGUUUGGAUUUCAGUUCGGCGCUUCCGUGGUGCCUCUCAGAACCUUUAAUGCUGCUGACAUCUGUGGUUCUGUUUUUUAUCUUUAAGAAGCUUUGUCAAGACACCACAGUCAGUCGAAUGACCAAAGACUUGUAUGAACUUGCCCAGGCCAAAGAAGAGCAUAGGAAGAACAUAUUGUCAAUGCUGAUGAAUUUCGGCAAGUAUUUCGUGGUUUUGCUCUGCUGCGUGACCGGAGUGCUGAAAGCCACUGUUUUUGGUGCCAUCUACUACUUCGUAUUCCUCUUCGUCAUGACUUAUUGGGCUUGCAACCAAACGCUUGGCAGAUUCUUUGCCCGAGUCUUAGUCUCAUUGACGCCCAUCAUAUUCCUCAAUAUGACCAUCAUGUUCUGGUAUCAGUUUCAGUAUUUCUAUGACAGCAAAGUUGUUACAGCCGACAGCGUUUGGGGCAGGCUCUUCAAUCUGAUUGCUAUUAAAACCUACAAAGACUGCAAGGAUCCAAGAAUUUUUCAGUUUCAUGCCCAGACCAAAUCGGUUUAUGCCAUACCAAUUUGCUUGUUUUUCCUGUAUGUGCUCAGCGUGUUGGUCAGUCGCGAAAUAUUGCAAGCUAAGGAUGGGCUUUUCAACUUGAUAGGGGCACUGUUCCGGAAGAGUAAGCCGAAGGCAUGGAGAACGGCGUUUUCCAGGUUGCAUCAAAAGUAUCAAGCCGAUAAAUUACUGGGAAAAGAUCAAGACCUAAUGGCUGAUAAAGUGAAAAACGUUGUGGAACAAGCGUUGCAGUUCAUCAUCGCAGUUUCCUACUUGGUAGCUAAUUUCAUCAUGAUGAUCUGGGCUAUUGUAUACGUGGGCUGGAAAACGCUCAUCCUGAUGACGUGGGCCAAUCUUGUUUGGCUUUUGCCUUUCAGGAAACAAGUGAUUUUGGUCACCAGUCCUGUGGUGGUGGCUUGGGUGUGGUUCCUACUGAUUACCAGCUACUUGUAUUCCAUGGACUUAACUGAAAAAGAACUGCCCACUAGAUACAGCAUAUUUAACUUGAAGUCAGGCAAGUGA